AUGGAAACAUCAAACCAAAUUGAAGUUCAUCAAACUCAAUCAUCAUCAUCUUCAUCUUCUUCAAUAGAUAGUAACAAUUACAAUUACCCUUCUGCAAUCUCAAGCAUCUGCAAAACAACAGAUUUAAGCACCGAUCUCAAACUCGGUCUUAGCAUCUCUCCAUCUUCUCAAUCUCAAUUACCAUUCAAUUCAACAACAACAUCAUCAAAGGAAGAAACAUUGGAUUGGCCACCAAUUAAUAAAUCCAUAUUGAGAAGAAACACUUUGGUUGAGAAACAAAACCUUAGUAUCAUUCAGAGACAAAGAUCUUUGUUUGUUAAGGUUUAUAUGGAAGGAAUCCCUAUUGGAAGAAAACUAAAUCUCUUGGAACAUCAUAGUUAUGAUGAACUUGUUAAAGCUCUUUGUCAUAUGUUUAGAACAAUCAUUCUAUGUCCUAAUUCGCAACCACUUAGUUCUUGGAAUUUUCAUGUUCUAACAUACGAAGAUCAAGAAGGUGACUGGAUGAUGGUCGGAGAUGUUCCUUGGGAGAUGUUUUUGUCAAGUGUGAAGAGGCUGAAGAUCACAAGAGCUGAUAGCUGCUAG